UCCGAGACGGAGUACAGACUCCGGUUCAUGGAUCCAUCACGAGUCCUUUCAUCAAGCCUUGACUCGAGGAUGAAGACCGUGAAGUGAAGCUGCCAGAUCCGAGCGUGUGCCCGAAGUACUUUGUAAUUAAAUUUUAACUUUGUUUUAGAUGCGGCAGAAUAAAACUGAAACGAUAAAUCAACAAAAUAUUUUUCCUCGCUGUCAACAUGGACAAGCUCAUACUUGAUAGUAUUGAAACGAGCUUUCUUCUUCUAUGAUCAAUCAGUGACAGUCACAGCUUCGACGCUCGUCGCAUCUCAGGCUGCAAGAGCACUGCCACUACUGCUGACGGCCAGUCCCCCCAGCCCCCAGUUGGUUCUCUGGGGAGCCACUUUAGCCGCUGACGCUAACACUAAUAGUUAUUGUAGUACUUACUCAAUGCUCACAGUAACUGCUAACGCCAGAUGACGGUGUAGGCGCUAUGGCAGUGCAACUCACGCAGUAUCACACGCUGGAGGAAGAACAUGAUGAAGGAGAUGAAAGAGAGACGGCACUGACUGGUGAUGGUGGUAUCGGUGAUUCAGUAUCGACAAAGUCCUUCUCGGCAUCGCGUGGAAAUAAAGGGUCAGCGGCGGCAUUUGAUCCAGCCGAGCCCAAGAUCAGCGGCAGAGCAUGGGGUCGUGUAUUCAAAUAUUUUCGGCAAAUUCGUCAGUAUCCCAAAGCAAUUUGCUUCAUAUUCGGCACGGAAUUCUGUGAACGAUUCUCGUAUUAUGGACUCAAAGGUGUACUGAUCCUGUACCUCACAGCUCACAUGGGGUAUAGCGAUGACCGUGCCACGGCACUCUAUCAUGCGUUUGUGGUGCUAUGUUACGCGUCAGCCCCAUUCGGUGCCAUGAUUGCCGAUGGCUGGCUCGGGAAAUUCAAAACCAUAGUCUAUUUGUCACUCGUUCAUGCGGCCGGAAAUAUACUGAUGGCGGGAACAUCGGCUCCUCUGCACAACACUACCGCAGUCAUGGUUGUCCCACUUAUUGGAUUGCUCCUGGUAGCCAUUGGUACUGGGGGCAUCAAGCCUUGUGUGUCAUCAUUCGGCGGCGAUCAAUUCAGAGAUGAUCAGAGCCACCUCAUUCCUCGCUACUUCUCCGUCUUCUACUUCUCUAUCAAUGCUGGCAGUUUGACGUCAAUUGUUUCACCCAUUUUGAGAGGCUACACAACCUGCUUCCACGACGACUGCUACCUGUAUGCAUUCGGUCUCCCUGCCAUCUUGAUGCUCAUCACUAUUGGUAUAUUUAUUGCUGGGAACCGGUACUACAUCAAACGCAAGCCAACGCAAAGUCUCAUCCCCAAGGUGGUGAAGGCCAUUGUUCUUGCCAUUAGACAACGUGUUUCCAAUCGCUCCGGCCCAGAGAAGAAGGAGCACUGGUUAUACUGGGCGGAGAGUAGAUUCGAGCGACAGUUUUUAGACGAUGUCCGUGAUGCAUUGCGCGUAAUUUUCCUCUUGCUGCCGGUGCCUAUCUUCUGGACACUGUUCGAUCAGACGGGUUCCCGGUGGACUCUCCAGGCGAAGCGUAUGAAUGGCAGAAUUGGUGGCAUAGUUAUUGAGCCGGACCUAAUGCAGAGUGCGAACAGCGCCAUGAUUCUGCUGUUCAUCCCGCUCUUCGACUUCAUCAUCUAUCCAGUGCUGCGGCGGUGUCACUUGCCAAUGAGACCUCUUCAAAGAAUGUCAUCUGGUAUGCUACUGGCUGCCCUCUCAUUCGUUAUAGCCGCGUUUGUGCAGAUACGCCUGGAGGCUGCCACAGACGCCCAUCCAGCCAGUUCUGUUUCUCGUGUCCGUGUCAUCAACGCCCUUCCGGUGGGCUUGAAUGUCACAAUGAUGCCGACGAAUGCUAGGUCAACUGCAGUAUUUGAUCAAGUGCUGGCCUAUGGUAAGGCUACAUCCUUCGGUGAUCUCCGUCCCGGUGAGUUUGAAGUCAAGGCUACAACAGUCAUCAAUGGCAGUCAAUUGAGAUCAACCCGGCAAUUCAGUUUCUCAGGUGCAAGUAUUGACAGUGUGGUAGCGGCCUACAAUGGCAGCCACUUGAUUUUGUCUCAGAUUACUCAUGAUCUUACCAAGCUGGGUGGUGAUGAAUUUGCAAUAAGGAUACUCAACUGCAACCCGUCGGCCGUCUACCAAAGUGUUUACGUCACCAUGCACUACUAUGACAAAUCGAAGAGGAAGAUGCACGACGAGGUGCUUCGCCGUGGCAGCAUGAGCACGGGCAUUGGCUUUCUACAGCAGUCGACACGCAAUGUGUUGACGCCACCAGCACAUGCAUGGCUUGUUGACGUCAAGGACAGUGCGUCAAACAGCUCGCUAUACAAUGGUACGUUUGAGUUUGAGAAUGGAGUCUUGUACACAGUGCUGCUGGGGCCAAGCAGUAGCUCUGACCCGACUAAGGUCAGUGUCACGCGCAUGGUGGACGCAGACCCAACCAGUAUUCACAUCCUGUGGCAGCUAAUCCAGUACACGGUGAUCACGGCCGGUGAGAUCAUGUUCUCCAUCACCGGACUGGCAUUCGUCUAUUCACAGUCGCCAAAGAGCAUGAAGUCCCUGAUGCAGUCCAUGUGGCUGACAACCGUCGGGGUUGGAAAUCUGAUCGUGGUGAUUGUUGCAGAGGCCGAGUUUUUCGACAGUCAGGUCGCGGAGUUCUUCUUCUUUGCCGGUAUGACCGUGGUGGUGACGUCCGUCUUCAUCGUGAUGGCCGUGCGCUAUAAGUACGUCGAGCGGCCCGAGGAAGAUACGUCCAAGAUCAGUCCUGAUCUUUAGCUUGCAUGGUGGUGCUUUCAAAGGCACAGUAGACAUCCGAUGGUCGGCACUCUGAAUGGUUUGUUCUCGUCGGAGAAUAGUAUAAAAUCUAUGGUUUUAAAACAAGGCGGCAGGACCGUUUAUCUAGUAGUUUUUUUUUGGUAUUUUAAGCUUUAUUCCACUCAAUUUUUCCUUUGAGGAAAUACUUUAUUUUGCUAAUUUGUUGUUUCACCGUCCAAUGGCAGAAGCCAAUGCAAAGGUGCUUGAAAGUACAUGUGUAUAAUCGGUGAUGUGCAUGGAGAGCGAGGCUUGAGCAACUACUAGUAACACGUUCGUUUCGCUACUGGCAUGCGUGUGGUAUGGCCCUGGCCGACGCAGCGUUAAGUCUCGCCAUGCAGUAUAGAUCAAUGUACCGGUAGAUCAGGCUAAGGCUGGUAUUCUGGCCAGUAUUGUCGGCCUGGACCGCUUCACAACACACUACCAUUUCAAUUUCAACUCUACUAUUGAACCUGUUUUUUUUCUUUUUUCCGGAUUUUCUAUUUAUUUCUCUCCCUCUCUGUCUCUCUUCAUGGACCUGCCAUCAUCUUCGGGUGGACAGAAUAAAGUGAAGUAACAUAAAUCA